UCCUCCUCUGCUGUUGCAAAACCAUCCCGGGAGUGUUUGCUGCUGCCUGCCGUGCUUUUCUGGGGUCACUGCAGUGCACCCAAAGGCCUCUGGCCUCUAGUCACACAGAUAGGCCCCGGAGGAGCUUUUAAACCACCCACGUCGAGGCUGUCUUCUGCUGGAGCUGCCUGGGACAGCUUUGCUAGCUGGCCGACGGGACAUAAUUCCUCAAACAGUACAUCAAGGAUACAGGCACGAGCGUGCUCCCCCUGUGGUGUGGCCAUUCUGGACCGGAAGUUGGUCGCCGAGAGCCGAAUUUUUAUGAUACAGAACUUUUCCCCUCAGCACAUGAAUUGGACCUUGCACGCGGUGACAUGGAUGAAUCUUCAGUGAUGCUCAGCACGAUAGACGUUUCUUACCUGCCCAGUUCAUCAGAGUACAGCCUUGGCCGAUGUAAACAUACCAGUGAGGACUGGGGUGACUGUGGGUUCAAACCCACGUUCUUCAGAUCCGCGACAUUAAAAUGGAAGGAGAGUCUCCUGAGCCGGAAGAGGCCCUUCGUGGGAAGGUGCUGCUACUCCUGCACGCCCCAGAGCUGGGAAAGGUUUUUCAACCCCAGUAUCCCAUCUCUGGGUUUGCGGAAUGUUAUUUAUAUCAAUGAAACUCACACAAGGCACCGAGGAUGGCUGGCAAGACGUCUUUCUUACAUCCUUUUUGUUCAAGAACGGGACGUCCAUAAGGGCAUGUUUGCGACCAAUAUCACAGAAAACGUCCUGGACAGCAGCAGAGUCCAAGAGGCAAUUGCUGAAGUGGCUGCUGAGUUGAACCCAGAUGGAUCUGCCCAGCAGCAGUCUAAAGCCAUCCAGAAAGUGAAAAAGAAAGCCAGGAAGAUUCUGCAGGAAAUGGUUGCUACUGUCUCCCCAGGGAUGAUCAGGCUGACUGGCUGGGUGCUGCUAAAGCUCUUCAACAGUUUCUUCUGGAACAUUCAGAUUCACAAGGGUCAGCUUGAGAUGGUUAAAGCUGCAACCGAGACGAAUCUGCCGCUCUUGUUCCUGCCGGUGCAUCGAUCCCACAUCGACUACCUGCUGCUCACCUUCAUUCUCUUCUGCCAUAACAUCAAGGCGCCGUACAUCGCCUCGGGCAAUAACCUCAACAUCCCCAUCUUCAGCACCUUGAUUCACAAGCUUGGGGGCUUCUUCAUAAGAAGGAGGCUUGAUGAAACCCCAGAUGGACGCAAAGACAUUCUUUAUAGAGCGCUGCUUCAUGGGCACAUAGUUGAGCUGCUCCGGCAGCAGCAGUUCCUGGAGAUCUUCCUGGAAGGCACGCGCUCCCGGAGCGGGAAGACCUCCUGUGCUCGGGCAGGGCUGCUGUCGGUGAUAGUGGACACUCUGUCCUCCAACACCAUCCCUGACAUCCUUGUCAUUCCUGUGGGCAUCUCCUACGACCGGAUAAUCGAAGGCCACUACAACGGUGAACAGCUGGGCAAGCCCAAGAAGAAUGAGAGUCUUUGGAGCGUGGCGAGAGGUGUCAUCAGGAUGCUGCGGAAGAACUACGGAUACGUCAGGGUGGACUUUGCACAGCCAUUUUCCUUGAAGGAAUAUUUAGAAAGCCAAAGUCAGAAACCUGUGUCUGCUCCCCUUUCUCUGGAGCAAGCACUGUUACCAGCUAUCCUUCCUACAAGACCGAAUGAUGCUGCUGCUGAAAGUCAAGACACAUCCAGUAACGAGUCCAGAAACACAGUAGACGAAGCCUUCCGAAGAAGACUGAUUGCGAAUCUGGGCGAGCACAUUCUCUUCACUGCUAGCAAGUCCUGUGCUAUCAUGUCCACCCACAUUGUGGCCUGCCUGCUCCUUUACAGACACAGGCAGGGUAUCCACCUCUCCACAUUGGUGGAAGACUUCUUUGUGAUGAAGGAGGAGGUCCUAGCUCGUGACUUUGACCUGGGGUUCUCCGGGAAUUCGGAAGAUGUUGUCAUGCACGCCAUCCAGCUCCUGGGGAACUGUGUCACCAUCACGCACACUAGCAGGAAGGACGAGUUCUUCAUCACCCCCAGCACAACUGUCCCCGCAGUCUUCGAACUCAACUUCUACAGCAACGGGGUGCUUCAUGUCUUCAUCCUGGAAGCCAUCAUAGCCUGCAGCCUGUAUGCUGUUCUGAAUAAGAGGGGCUCGGGAGGGUCUGCUGGUGGCACUGGCAGCUUGAUCAGCCAGGAGCAGCUGGUGCGGAAGGCAGCCAGCCUGUGCUACCUUCUUUCCAACGAAGGCACCAUCUCUCUGCCCUGCCAGACUUUUUACCAAGUCUGUCACGAGACGGUGGGAAAGUUCAUCCAGUAUGGCCUUCUCACAGUGGCAGAGCAGGAUGACCAGGAAGAUGUCAGUCCUGGCCUUGCAGAGCAGCAGUGGGACAAGAAGCUUCCAGAACCUCUGAACUGGAGAAGUGACGAGGAAGAUGAAGACAGUGAUUUUGGUGAGGAGCAGCGAGAUUGCUAUCUGAAGGUGAGCCAGUCCAAGGAGCACCAGCAGUUCAUCAGCUUCCUGCAGAGGCUCCUGGGGCCCUUGCUAGAGGCCUACAGCUCUGCCGCCAUCUUCGUCCACAACUUCAGUGGUCCAGUGCCCGAGUCUGAGUACCUGCAGAAGCUGCACAGGUACCUUCUCACCAGGACAGAAAGGGAUGUCGCAGUCUAUGCGGAGAGUGCCACCUACUGUCUUGUGAAGAACGCUGUGAAAAUGUUUAAGGAUAUCGGGGUUUUCAAAGAGACCAAGCAGAAGAGAGUCUCUGUUUUAGAACUGAGCGGCACUUUCCUACCUCAGUGCAACCGGCAGAAACUCCUGGAGUACAUUCUGAGUUUCGUGGUGCUGUAGGGCUCUCUUGGCACCUACGGCGAGGGAGGGGCCGCUGGCAAGGGAGUCUCUCGCAGGCUCCAGUCUGACCCAGAGCGGCAGGUGUCCUGGUGUGGCCCGCCAGCCUUACCCGAGGAGACCUUCAGGAAGCUGCGUGCCUUCUGCCCACCCCGUGGAUCUGCGCUCUGCCCAACAUUGUUGCAGUGGCCUGCGCGGAGCAUUCGGGGCCAGUGCCAUGUGUGAUUCAUGAUCUCUAGGUCACUAGGUGAAAUCUCAGUAAGUUAUUUUGGAGUUUAUUAAAGAUUCACAUUUUAAGUUUGACUUUUAAGGACUAGUUACUGUGAUGGACAUAGAGGUGCCUGUAGAACUGAGUCUUGUACAGUAUGUAAUAAUGUUUCCUUUAAAGUAAUUGGGUCCAUUCUCCGUCUCCAUCGUACCAUCUUACCGCUGUGAGCAGAGCUCUGGUGUGCAUGAGAGCGCUUUCCUCUCACGUGCUUUACUAAGGAAUGACUCUGCCCUGGGCUGGCAGUCUCAACGUGCGUUUGAAUGGCUGCCUGGAAGCAGACGAUACUACGUAAGGCAGGAAGUGAGGUAUGGUGACCAAAGGGCCAGUGCCAUGAGGUAAAUCUGGUUGGCAAGGUGAAGCCACGCUUGGCCAGGAAAGUGGCACGGGCGGCUUUGUUCACUGACAGAGUGCCAUGGAGUGAAUGUCCAGCGAGUGUUCAGAACCGCUGCUGUUUGAGAACUGUGCCCUUUCCCCUUUAAGGGUGGGCAUCUGCUGCUUCUUAGGGGCCUCCAGCCAGUCAGCUCUGUGCUGGUUGUCGCGCGGCUAGAGGGGUGGCUGGCUGGAGGGACACUGCCUGCCCACUGCUGGCCUAGGGUUUCCAGACACUGCUCCCUGGGUGCUGCUCCCCGGUCUGGACGACUAGGACUCAGAUGGCGUACACAGGGACCCUGCAGAGUGGUAGAUGGCUGCAGGUCUUUGUAGAUUUUAAGCUCUGAGAAGAAGUCUUGGUUCUUUAGACAUUUGUAUGGGCUACACACCCAAACUCCAUUGCCACUUAAAGGCAAAUAAUUAUGAAAAUUUUCUGUUUUCAAGGGGUAGGUGCCUUUUUGAGAGCAAGGAGCAUAAUUGUUAGUUAUUUGUGGUAAUUUUGGUGGUUUCUUAAUGAUCAUGUGACAAUACAAUUUCUAGCAAUCUACUGUCCAUAUCUCUAUGAUUUUAUGGAAUAGGAAUUUUUCUGAUGAGUGUUCCAUAGAUAAUUUGAAUUUAUAAAAGUAUUAGGGAUGAGACUUGUACUUUCCUGAACUUGAAUUUUAAACAUUAAUAGUAUCCUUCGAGAGACGUGUGUGUUUGGGGGGAUGGGAUCCUGCCUGGCAUCACACAGUGCAUGAAUGGCUGGUUUGGAGCUCAGAGAAUAAUGCUGUGCUGUGCUGGUCUCCACCCUUCGCAGUUGUGCAUGUCAGAUCUCCCUUCCCUCUGCAUCAGCUCCCUGUCCAUUGUAGCCGUGGGUGUGGAGUGAGAUGCUCACCGUGAGCCUUCCGUGUUGUUAUUGAGGGUGAACUGGCCCUUCCUCAGUUGUACUUGGAGGAUACCCAGAGAGUCUGGCUUACUCCCUUGGGGACACCCUUCUGGGGACUCAAGCAUUUUGCUGAAGGUAACUGCAAAGCUGUGGACCUGACCUCCCAGUGGGCGCUGCUGCUCUGCCUGGCACCUGCGAACAACUUCUGCAACUUCUGCAGCCUGCACAGAGAAGCACGCGCUUCCCUUGCUGUGGCCUCCCUUUCGGUCAGUUUCAUUUUAGGGGCUUCAGUUGCCAGACUUAACUGUUGCCAGACUUAACUCACUGUGAGAUAUGUGUGCAUGCUUUUUGUAAUUAACUGGUGCUUUGAAACCUUUUUUUACGGAGGAAAAAUCUCAACCAAAGUUAUGCUUAUCCCAACAAGCUGACCCUUGAGUUAAUUUAGCACAACUCAUUCUUCAGUGCCUCGUUAGGAAAAGAAAAGACAUCACAAUAAGACUUGCAGGUAUCCUGUUCGCUAAUAGAGACAGUCCCCUUGUUUUCCAGCAGUGGGUGGCUUCCUCGGAAGAUUAAACAAACUCGGUGCUUGUAUAUAAUUUACUACCGUUUACUCUAUUGCAUUUCUGUCCAACUGAAAUGCGUGCCCUUCAGGGGAAGACUGUGAGUCAAGUUAAAUAAACAAAAACCUAAUACUAAGCAAUAUGAAGCUGCACUUCUUUUUAACUGAGGCUAACCCAAGUAAAUCAGAAAGGGGAGGGAGGAGUAUUUGCUUUUGUGAUCCUAUUGAACCAAGUGCUAAGGUGAGUGCAGCCAGGGUGCAUGUGCUGUGCCCUUCUUGGUUCUGCUGAACCUUGGCCAUCAUGAGGGUGAGUGCAGAAAGUAGAUCUGGGGUGUUAGCGAGCGGGAGCUCAGACAGGAGCUUCCUGCACCAUGUUUCCCACAGUGUUCUGAGAUGUGUGUCUGGGUUCUGGGGUACGUGGGACACCACAGCACACUGAGGUGCUGCAAGGGUUCUACAUUCGGCCUGCUGAACCUAGGAUUUCCUAAACUGUUCUGACCUCAGGACCUCUCUCCCCUCUGGGAUGCCUCACUGCAUGCCAUGGAAAACAUUAAUUAGUUCUUUAAGCAGACCAGUUGGUCACAGACAGUGGCGCCAAGGCAGAAUUUGCAGACUUUUGUUAUCAUCCACGCUGCACCGAGUGAGGACGUUAUUUUUCCUUGCUGGAAAGCGGAAGCACAGAACAUUGGCUCGGGUGCGUUCCUUUGAUGGAAUCAGCUACCCACGGCCCUGGCCUUUUAAACUGAAAAUAGCAGAAUUAAUGCAAGGAUAAAUUGGGGUAAAUAAUAAAGGAUUAAAUUCAGAUCUACAAGAAAACACUGCACAAUUGAAUGCAGAUUUUUAUCCAUAGAUAACUAGUGUUUUGAAAUGAUAGACUCUAUCUUUGACAUUUAUAAGACUUACUAUGGGAUGUAAAUCUGUUUUUUAACACUUUUUAGGAGCUUGAGAGUUGCCAUCUGGCAUUUAGUUUAGUACAAGCAAUGACUGCUUCUCGAGACUCUGGACCUUCCUUCCCAACAGCUAAAGGGCUAAUUGUCUCUAUGGAAGGUGUUUGUUACAGUAUUUGCCUAUUGUACAACGUACAGGAGAUUGUUCUGGAAAGAAUUACUACUGUAGAAUAGCAUUGUAUGAUUCUGUGAGUGGCACUGCCUUGGAAAUGUUGGCUGAUUUUUAUGCCUGAUGAUGGUGUAUCCUGAGAAGCAUGGAAAUGGAUUUUGUUUUAAUAAACCAGAAAAAUAAAAAAACCCCAACCUGUUGUGGGACGUUA